AAAACAUCCCAUUAUUGCCCAAUCUCUCCCUCUCUUCUCUCCCUCCCUCGUGUUCUGUGAUUAGACUCGACACAUCUCUCAGUGUUUACAUUCUUCUGAAGUUUUCCAUUUCCUAACUCUGUAUAACCUAAACACAUUUGAGGGAUUUUCUGGAUUGUGUAAAAAUGUCUGUGUUUCUGCUCCUCGUCCUUGUCAGCGCUGGAGUCUUUCUGGACACAUCAGAGGCACAGGAGGAUCUCAACAAACUUUCCGGAAAUUACAGGAAAGGUGUUGAACUGGCGGUGGAACAAAUCAACUCGCAUCAGACUAUCAAGAUCGUUUUUCUUUUCUUCAAGAGUCUGGACAAAUCUGACCUUGAUGGUGGGUUUGGUGUGAAUUAUCUCUACCAUCGCUUCUACCUUAAAGCCACCAGAUGCCCUAAAGGAACUGAGAAUGCAAACCCGACUAAAUGUGCUUUCAGAAAUGACAGACCUCUGAUAGACUGUGGAAUCUGCUAUAAGACCUUCCAUGGAGAGAUCCAGAGUGAACCGAAGCCUUACGUGCACUGCGUUCACAAACCACAGCUCACACAGGAGUUGUUGAAAACGAGAGUUGAACACUGCAAACAAAUGAGCUACGCUAACGGAUCUCCAUCUCUCCUUGCAGUGAAAAACCCAUAGAGGAGGAAACAUGUCACAUAUUUUUAAUAUCACUUUUUAUUAAUAAUUUUACGUGUUCAGUAAUAGGCAUCAGUCACACUACAGAACAACUUAGCACUGUUUUUUCAUUAUAGGAAAUAGAAAACAUUAAAAAAAAUUAGCGUCAGUGGAUGUUAUGAAUGAUGCUGUUUGUUUAGGUUCAUUUGUUCAUAAAAAAAACAUCAGAAUUCUUAAGUAUAAAUUGUGGAUAUGAUUUUAUUACAGUACACAAGGUUACUUUGGGUUGAUUUUUUUUUCUUUCAUUCAUUUAAUAUAGUGACCACAUGGUACAUUUAAAAUGGCAUAUUUUGUGCUCUAUUUCUAAUAAAGAAAUAUUUUUCAGCUA